AUGAAGAUUGCUUACCGGCAAUUUUGUCCCACAGAUAUUCAUAAGUUUACCAGAAUAAAUGCGGAUCCAUUGGUCGAAUCGUAUGGUAUCGGUUUCUACUUCCAAUACUACAGCCGAUGGAGGGAAUACUUCCUUGUGGCCGAAAAUAACUAUGGCGAGAUCGUAGCUUAUAUUAUGGGCAAGAACGAAGGCAUCGAUGAAAACCAUCAUGGUCAUGUUACAGCGGUUACCGUUCGUUCUGAUUAUCGAAAACGAGGCAUCGCGCGGGCUUUGAUGGAACGGCUCGAGGAAACCAGCGUUGACAAAGGGUGCUACUUCGUCGACCUUUUUGUUCGUAAAUCCAACACAGCUGCUAUAAAGCUGUAUCAAAAACUAGGCUACGUAGUAUAUCGCGAAAUUAUUGGCUACUACACGGGUCCUGCGCCAGAAAACGCUUAUGAUAUGCGAAAGGCUUUGCCGCUCGAUACAGAAAAGAAAAGCGUUAUACCACUUCGGGAACCCGUCGAUGCGUCUACACUGCCCGAU